AUGAAAGGAGAAGAAGACAAGGGAGGAAGACAGCCCCCCAAAUUCCUUUUGCAAAAUGGGCACAGGUUCUAUCAAUUGGAUUUAUCAUUUCUAAAGUCCUAUCGGUUAGGCACAGUACCGACAGGAGAAGUAUUAACUUUUGGUGAUGAUAACUUUAUCAACCUUGAGGAAACAGGAGUCAAGGAAGCUCAGAAAGCUGCUUUUGUUCUUGUUGCAGGUGGUCUUGGGGAGCGACUUGGGUACAAUGGAAUUAAGGUGGCACUUCCAGCAGAGACCACUACAGAAACAUGCUUCCUACAACAUUACAUUGAAUACAUUCUAGCUCUUCAGGAAGCUAGCUGCAGACUCACAGGAGGGGAAUGUCAGAAAGAGAUCCCUUUUGUUAUCAUGACAUCAGAUGACACACAUGCACGUACUUUGGAACUAUUAGAGUCAAACUCUUAUUUUGGGAUGAAACCUGCCCAAGUAAAACUUCUUAAACAGGAAAAAGUGGCAUGCUUAGAUGAUAAUGAUGCCAGACUUGCUGUGGAUCCACACAACAAAUACAGAAUUCAGACAAAACCUCAUGGCCAUGGUGAUGUGCAUUCGCUUCUUUAUUCUAGUGGCCUCCUUAAGAUAUGGCGUGAUAAUGGCUUAAGAUGGGUUCUGUUUUUUCAAGAUACCAAUGGACUACUAUUCAAGGCAAUUCCAGCCUCAUUGGGUGUCAGUGCUAUUAAACAGUACCACGUUAACUCUCUAGCUGUUCCACGCAAAGCAAAGGAAGCUAUUGGAGGAAUUACCAGACUGACCCAUGCUGAUGGUCGGUCAAUGGUGAUCAAUGUGGAAUACAACCAGCUUGAUCCCCUGCUUAAAGCAACUGGAUUCCCAGAUGGAGAUGUUAAUUGUGAGACAGGCUACUCUCCUUUCCCCGGAAACAUUAACCAAUUGAUUCUGGAACUUGGUCCGUACAUUGAGGAGCUUACAAAGACAAGAGGCGCCAUAAAGGAGUUUGUUAACCCAAAAUAUAAAGAUGCUAGCAAAACAUCCUUUAAAUCAUCAACUAGGUUGGAGUGUAUGAUGCAAGAUUAUCCAAAAACAUUGUCUCCGACAGCACGGGUUGGGUUUACGGUGAUGGAUACAUGGCUUGCUUAUGCACCUGUAAAGAACAACCCUGAGGAUGCUGCUAAGGUGCCCAAAGGAAAUCCAUAUCACAGUGCAACUUCUGGAGAAAUGUCCAUCUACCGUGCAAACAGCCUCAUCCUUAGAAAGGCUGGUGCUCAAGUGGAUGAUCCAGUGCAAGAGGUUUUCAACGGGCAAGAGUUGGAAGUGUGGCCUUGUAUUGCAUGGAAGCCAAAAUGGGGGCUGACUUUUUCUGAGAUCAAACGUAAAGUUAGUGGUGGUUGUUCCAUCUCUCAGAAAUCUACUCUGGCCAUCAAGGGCCGCAAUAUAAUUAUUGAAGACCUCUUAUUGGAUGGAGCUCUUAUUAUUGACUCUACUGAUGCCGCAGAGGUAAGAGUAGGAGGUUCAGUGCACAACAAAGGUUGGAUCCUUGAAAAAGUUGAUUACAAGGAUACUUCAUUUCCGGAGGAAAUAAGGAUUAGAGGUUUCAGAUUUAACAAAAUUGAGCAAGUAGAAGAAAAUUAUUCCGAGGCCGGCAAGUUCGUCUUGAAGCCUUGAAUCGUGCAACGUUCUCUUCUUCCCCUGAAACAUGGUGCUUAGAAUUUGAUAUUCAAGUCAGAAAGAGGACGUAACUUAAGCUGGGUAGGAAUAUCUUGAUUGAUUAGGUGAAAUUUUUUGUAUGAUACAAAACUUUUAAUCUCAUUAUUGUUUAUCCUGCUCGAGGAUAUAAUAAAUUCUACACCGUACUUUUAAUGUAAA